CUUUGUGAGUACAUUUAGGCCAUUUACAUUCACUGUAAUUAUUGAUAGGUUGAGUUUAUUGCUGUCCUUUUGUAGGUUUUUUUUUUGUGUGUGUGGUGCUGGCAUUUUCUUUGCCCCUCUCACUGUCCUGUCCUGAAUUCCUUUUGUUCGUGGAUUUCUUUUUUUUGUUUUGUUUUUGUAGAUCUUCUUUUUAUUGAGACUUUAUGUUUUUCUUCUUUAUUUUGAUGAGUAAGUUUGCUAACUUUCUUUGUGGUUAACUUGAAAUUUACCCUUAUCUUCCUAGGUUUGAACCAGUCUGUUAUUACUUGGUAUUGUCUUGCCUUCCUCCCCAUUAAAAAGCUCUAUACCUGCACCAUUUAGUCCCUUUUUUAUUGUUCUGAUAUUGUCAUUUACAGAUUAACCUCUCUGGUUCCCUGUUGUAAUAUUUUUUUGGUUUUGGAUAGUCCUUGAGAGUUCAUUUCCCAGGUUGGCAUCUGGCUGGUACAAUCUUGCAUACCAGAUUCAGGCUGUGGUCUGAUGUUGUUUUUUCUCAGAUUGAAGGGUUCCCUUUAAUAAUUCUUGUAGGUUUGGUUUUUACAUAUUCCCUUAAUUUCUGUUGAUCUGGAAAUGCCCUAAUUUCACCAUCAUAUUUGAAUGAGAGUUUUGCAGGAUAUGUUAUUCUCAGUUGACAAUAUGUUUCUUUCAAAGUUUUGUAUGUGUCAACCCAUUGCCUUCUUGCUUGCAUGGUUUCUGCCCGAUAAUCAGAGUUUAGUCUUACUGUUUUUCAUCAGUAUGUGGCUUUUUUUUUUUCUCGAGUUGCUCUAGGAUUUUUUCUUCAUCUUUGGUUUUAGGGAGUGUGAUUAUGAUAUGCCUUGGUUAUUUUCUUUUGGAGUCUGUCCUAUAUGGGGGUUCGUUGAGCUUCUUGGAUGGUCGGCUUUUCAUCUUUCACCAUAUUAGGGAAGUUUUCUGUCAGCAAUUCUUCAAUGAUCCUCUCUGUGUUUUCCAUUUUCCCCUCUUGUUCUGGAACUCUGAUCAUGUGGAGAUUUUUGCUUUUGAUUAUAUCCCACAUAAUUCUCAGGGUUUCUUCAUUUUUCUUCGUUCUUUUUUCUGAUUUUUCUUCAGAGUUGUAUCCAAGUGUUUGUCUUUAAUUUUGCUAAUCUUGUCUUCUAUUAUUUUAAACCUGCUCCUCUGCCCUUCUAUGACACUAUUUCUGAAACCUUGUUGUUUAUCUUUUGGAUUUCUAAUUGUUGUUUUUGUGUGAUUUCUAGUUGUGAAUUUGUUUUGGCAUUUUGUUCCUGUAUUAUUUUCCUGAAUUCUUCUAUUUUUUGUCUGCAUUUUCCAUGAAACUCUCUAUUUUUUUCUCAUUUUUGUCUGCUUUUUGCUUCAACUCUUGGAUCACUCUGAAUAUUAGAGAUUUUAAUUCUCUGUCAGGUAGUUCUAGUGCCUUUUCUUCUACUGGGAAUUCAUCUUGUGUUUUAUUUUGGAUGCCUAUUAGAACCAUCCUGACCUGUUUUUUGUUUUUUUUUUUAAUGUUUUGAUAUUGUUUGCUGUCUUUGGGACAUUCAGUAGUUAUUUGCUUUGUUUAUUGAUUGUAGAUCUGUUUGUUCCAUCCUGCUUUUUUGUUUUAUUUGGUUAUGCCUAAGUGGGUGAGCUGUGUGUUCUUUAUUGUUUGCUCACCUGUGGUCACAAUAUUUCUCACUUUCUUGUCCAACAGGCAGGGCCAGUCACUCAGCUAUGGUGCAGUAGGGUAGGUCCAGCUGAAGAGGAGCGGCUAGGCUGGGUAGUUUGUGGUACGUACUAGGGCCAACAGGGCAGGCCAGGAAUCAGCACUGGGCACAUUCUGGUAGGCCAUACCUGUGCUGCUCAGGGGCGUGAUUUUCAGCACACAGUGCAGGUAGGCAGGAAGGUUGGGGGAGGUUGUGAUGUGUGAAGCUAAUAUGGGUAUGGGAAAGAUGAGAGAGGGGAGAGAGAAACAGGAGCCAAAAAAAAAAAAAAAAAGAUGGCUAAUGGAGCUUGCCAUUGGAGUGGAGAGUUGAGAAGCCAAGAAAUGGAGAAAAACAAAAAGGGAAAAAGAAAAAAAAUAACUAGAUAAAAAAUUGGAAGAAAGAAAGAAAAGAAAAGCCCCCCCUGGGGUGCCACCGGUGCAGCUGCAAAAACUAGGGAAGGCUCCCAGGUUGUGCAAUAUAGCCUGGCUUUUUAGAGGGGGUAGAGAUGUCACACAGCACCAGGCAUUCAGGAGACAGGAAAAGAAGGUAAGUAUAGAGGGACAAGAACUGAGAAAUGAAGAAAGACAGGAAGGAAAAACAAGGGGAAAAAAAAGAAGCUAAACAAAUACCCCCAGGGAUCCCACCUACGCGGCUGUGCAGACUGGGGAAGUGGCUCCUAAGCUGUGCAGUGCAGCCUGGCUAGAAAGGGCUCCCAAGCCAUGAAGAGAAAAAGAAAAUAAAUAAACUGAACAGAACAAAGCAAAACAAAAAGCCUCAGGAUCCCAUCAGGAUGGUGUUGUGGGCCAGGGGAGUGGUUCCCCAGAAGAGCAGCACUUCACAGCCUUUCAAGAGGAAGCAAACAUGGCACACAGAGCCAGGUGUUUGAGAGAAAGGAGGGAGAGGUGGUGGGAGGUACAGAAGAAAUCAAAAGAAGUGGAAGAAAGCAACACCAGCAACAGACAAAUGGCACUCAGUCUGGGUAGGAUGAAUCCAAGCGGCCCAGGGCCUAAGCAGUUGCCUUCUGGCCAAGAGACUGUGUCUGACAGGAAGCAGAGGAGGCCAAAAGAGGGUGGAGAAGGGGAGUGGGGGUUAGGAGAGCGUAUAUUGGUGGUUACCAGGUACUCUGUCUCUUGCUGGGAACUUUGUGAAGCUUCUUUCCCAUACUCGCUGUCCGCUGAUCUCCGAUGUGGGUGGGGCGGAUCCAGGAGGCAUGGAUGUUGCAGUUCCAGGCCGGCUGAGCCACUGAUGCCAGCCAGGAAGCACGGAGCUAGAGCAGUGGGGAGAGGAUGGGGUGGGAAAGUAUGUAUCGCUUAUUACUGGGUGCUCUGUCUCCUGCUGGGAACUUCAUGAAGCUGCUUUCCUGUGCUCCCUGUCCGCCUAUCUGUGACAAGAGUCCAAGAUGGCGAAUCAGUGUUGCGUUAGCUGAUAGGGGACUUCCGCACGUAUCUCCACUCACUCUCUAUUGUUUGUUAGUUUCUUAUUCAUUUCAGUGCUUGGCUGAGUUAUCUCUUCAUUUGACACUUCAGAUUCCAGGAAUGACGUUUGUCUCUGUUUUGCUUAGUUUUUCAGGUCUUUGCUGUGGAGGGACAGCAUGGUUCUUCUGUCUGUGGUGCCAUGUUGGCUGGAAGUUGUGAAGGAUAUUUUAAAAACCACAAUGGUCUAUUUAAGUGUUUUUUAAAUUAACUGAAUUGAUUUCCUUAAAAUGUGGUUGUAUGUGCAAGCCACUGGCAAUAUUGUUGAUCAUAGGCCAGCAGUCAAUGGUCUGAUUUUUGAAGGCCAUGAACACUCAGAUGAGAGGGACUUUAUAACUUCUUACCACUUCAUAUCUGUGAUCGGUGCUGCUACAGCAACAAAAGCGUAGACCCACCACAUCUUCAGGAGAGAAUGGCCACUUCCUGGGGUGCAGCUUUCUUCAUGCUGGUGGCAUCCUGUGUUUGCAGCACUGUCUUCCACAGAGACCAGCAGACUUGGUUUGAGGGUGUCUUCCUGUCUUCCAUGUGCCCGGUCAAUGUCAGUGCCAGCACCUUGUAUGGAAUUAUGUUUGAUGCAGGGAGCACUGGAACUCGAAUUCAUGUUUAUACCUUUGUGCAGAAAAUACCAGGACAGCCUCCAAUUCUGGAAGGGGAAAUUUUUGAUUCUGUGAAGCCAGGACUUUCUGCUUUUGUAGAUCAACCUAAGCAGGGUGCCGAGACUGUUCAAGGACUCUUAGAGGUGGCUAAAGACUCAGUUCCCCGAAGUCACUGGAAAAGGACCCCAGUGGUCCUGAAGGCCACAGCAGGACUGCGCUUACUGCCAGAACACAAAGCCCAGGCUCUGCUCUCUGAGGUAAGGGAAAUCUUGAAGAAGUCACCUUUCCUGGUACCAGAUGACAGUGUUAGCAUCAUGGAUGGAUCCUACGAAGGCAUAUUAGCUUGGGUUACUGUGAAUUUUCUGACAGGUCAGCUGCAUGGCCACAGCCAGAAGACUGUGGGCACCCUGGAUCUCGGGGGGGCCUCCACCCAAAUCACUUUCCUGCCCCUGUUUGAGAAAACCCUGGAACAAACCCCUCAGGGCUACCUCACUUCCUUUGAGAUGUUUAAUCGCACUUAUAAGCUCUAUACACACAGUUACUUGGGAUUUGGAUUGAAAGCUGCAAGACUAGCAACCUUGGGAGCCCUGGAAACAGAAGGGAUUGAUGGACAGACCUUCAGAAGUGCUUGUCUACCGAGAUGGUUGGAAGCAGAAUGGAUCUUUGGUGGCGUGAAAUACCAAUAUGGUGGCAACCAAGAAGGGGAGAUGGGCUUUGAGCCCUGCUAUGCUGAAGUGCAGAGGGUGGUACAAGGAAAACUUCACCAGCCAGAUGAGGUCCAGAGAAGCUCCUUCUAUGCUUUCUCUUACUAUUACGAUCGAGCUGUUGACACAGACAUGAUUGACUAUGAAAAGGGGGGUGUUUUAAAAGUUGAAGAUUUUGAAAAAAAAGCCAGGGAAGUAUGUGAUAACUUAGAAAACUUCACCUCAGGGAGUCCUUUCCUGUGCAUGGAUCUCAGUUACAUCACAGCCUUGUUAAAGGAAGGCUUUGGCUUUGCAGACAGCACCAUCUUACAGCUCACGAAGAAAGUAAACAACAUAGAGACAGGCUGGGCCCUGGGGGCCACCUUUCACCUGUUGCAGUCUCUGGACAUCUCCCACUGAGGCUGAGCACUUCUUCUGAGGACUGCACUCACCAAGGACCUUUUUAAAGGGAGGAGGAAAGACUCAGUAAUGUUCUGAGCUAGUCUGGGAACAGCCUGGACUGAAGCCCAGCUGCUAGCUCCAUCAGGAAGGAAGGCUUUUGUAGGGGGGUCUUGCCCUUGAGCCUAGAGAUCUGGGUUUAAUUAAUUUUACACAUCUAAUGUAAACUGUCACCUAACCACUCUGAGUGCACAGCUAGCACCAGAGUCUAAAUCUUUUAGAUUGUUUGUGUGUCACAGAGAGCCCUGUGAGCCAAAAAAAAUGGUUGUAGAACUUCACCUUGGAGUGAGAGGCCAGGGACUGGUCCUUGGGAACCAAAGAAAAAUCUCAUUUUAACCCUUUGAGUGCCUCAUUUCUUUGUUCAUUUUAAUUUUCCUCUUGCCUGCUAAAUUAAGCUGACUGAUUGCAAUCCCAAGACCUAUCAAUAUGAAUGUUUUUUUCCCCCACAUUCUGCCCUGACCCACUCUUAUCUCCACCUACCCCACCCACCCCAUUCCCCUAAAAAGAGAAUACCAGGUUUUGCUUUCCAAGUGUAAUUCAAGAAAGACAGAAAGAAAAAAAAAAAAAUACUGUAUCAGAAGUUCUUGUAUGAUCCUGCUCUGCAGUAGCCCCCAUCAGCCAGCCAAGAACCAUCCUAAAUCUUAGCAGGAUGGAAAAUCUCUCUGACAUGGCCAAGUCUUGAGCAACUCCUAACUGCACAGAAUUGCAGUCUUAAGAAAGGAGGUGAUCCAAUCUCUAGGGACAUGUUUUGGGAGGGUGUGGCUGCCUUGUAGAGCCCACCUUUUUAUCAGCUUUGUAUCAGUUAACCCUGUGAUUAAUGAACAUAUCAAACCUCAUAGAAAUGUGUGUCUGUGUGUAUGUGUUCAGAGCCAGUACCACCUCCCAGGCUAAUGUGUUUAUAGUGCUUUCUAUGUUUCUAAACUUACCUACUUUGUAUUUCAAAGAAACACGACUGUACCCUAGCAUUUUGGUCUGUGGUUAAGAGGUAAGCGGCUGUACUAUUCAAGGGUUAUAGAUUUUGGUCAUAGCUCCUUUCAGUUUGCCCUUUUAAUUCUCUCCCUAUACAGCAGUACCUUUUCUUGCCCCAGCCCCUCAUCAUUUAAGCUACAUCCUCUGAGUUAUGUGUCAGGUUCCAAGGUUUCUGGUACCCUUCUCAAUGACAUCCCAGUUUGACUUGGCUGGCUGUUUUGGCACAUCAGUACAAUGCACCAGCAUUUCCAGAGAACCAUAUUUAAUGACUCUCAGGUUCUCUUUUUGCAUUUAAGUGCUCAGAGCUCUUGAUUUUGUGACUGUUUCCCAAAAAACUGAUUAUCUUGUACAUUCCCAAAGGAACGUCAUCACUUCUUGUCUACCCAGUCACGUGCUUUUGGACUUGGAAGAUCUUCCUGUAGUUUGGCUCCUUUGCCUUGGCUCCAGUUUCUUUCCAGGAGAGUUCGUAUCUCCCCAAAAACUAAGUUUUCACAGUAGACUCCCUUUCCUUCAGCUUUCUCACAAAGGAUGUUAAAUAUGCCUGGCUGCACACCAGUCCCUGGAAACCUUAAGUUACUCCACUGACUCAAUAAAUACUUAACAUCUGCUUUACACAAGGUUCUAAGCAAAUUACUAUCUCCUUACCCUCCAAAUUUUAGUUUUUUUUUUUUAAUUCAAUGUGAAAUUUCUUCAAACUUUUCAAACUGAUUUUUACUACCAAGGUCACCUGUAUACCUGUUGCCUUCCUCAAAGAAUGCUAAUACAUAAAUAAUAGAAUGUCUAGAGUUGGAAACAGCCCAAAGGUCUGAUCCAGUCUUCUACUCAGUACAAAAUUUCCUUAACAUUUCUAACAGCUUGUUUAAGCAUGUUGUGUUCAGACAGGCCAUUCCACUUGGGACCGCACUAAUGUUAAAAAGUUCUCCCUAUAUUGAGCUGAAAUCCCUCCUGCCUUAAUCAUUUGAAGAAAACUCCCAAAUCCCUUAUGGUCUUUUCUUUAACAUACAUAUAGCAUUGUUUCCAGACAGUUUACCAAAAAAUAAUGUGCUAGAGGCGCUCAUAAUACUCUAAAUGCUGUUCGCUAUGAUUAGAAAGGUCGUUUUCUCUAGAAGCCACGUUUUUUUCCCCAAGAGGUAUACUGUGUUCCCUAAAGACUCCUCCAGCUAGGUGAAAUUCCUUGUCUUUAUCAGUAUAGCUUGUCUGAAGAAGCUUUUCUUAUCAACAAUGGUCAUAUUUGCAAAGUACACGUAUCGUUCAGCACUCCCGUUUGGUCAUCCUGCAUACCUUCAGAACUCUUGGGUAGAAGCAUCCUAACUCCAGAAAUGUAUCUAUAUAUACAGUUAAUCUUGAUUAAACAGUUGGUGAAUUAACCAACUUAACCAUUUUAAGAACAAUUUAGAAUGAGAACUUGUUUUCUUAGAAAAACAAUUUGUCCAUAAUGUCUUUCCUGCCUUAAUGUACCCUUUGGGCCUCUUAUUAAGGGUCCUCCAGAUUCUAAUAUUGCUGGUUAGUUUCCUUCCUAUAAAUGUGUUUCCAUAUUUAAAAUACUUAGGACAUGGCCUGGCACAUAGCAAAUGCUGUGUGUUUGUGAUCGCUAUUAUGAAGGGCCUCCUCUGUGGGUUAUGGAGGUCCUUGCAAGGUAUGCCUUAAAAUUCCCCAUUUUGCCUGAUUUCGAGUUUGCAUACUUUUCGGGAGUUUUUUUUUUUUUGUGAAAGGUGACCUUUUCCCUUCAGUGACCUAUCUGGACUUGCCAGCAGUCAUACAACUUUUCACAGUAGCUGCCAUCUUUUGUUCUGGACACACUUUUUUCUGAGAUUCCAGGAAGGUGGGUGACAUUGUCACUUUUUACUCUACUAUCUUAUAAAUUUUCUGCGUUUGCCUGAAAAAUUCCCCUGUGGUAACAAGACUUCUCAUGACCCAAAAAUUACUCCCAAGAAUAGCUUAGCUUGGUUCAAUAUAUCAUCUUCAAAUCAAUUUUGGAUGAUGCAUUCUUUACAGUAUGUAGGGACCUAAGAAAUCUCUUCAAGAAGCAUCUCUGGUACCAUGAGCUCUUCAGAAACCCACAGCAAAACAACACCUCCUCCAAUCUGCCACCAAAUAUGAACAAAUCCGCUGCUAAUUAGAUUUUUCCCUUUUGAGCUGGUUCCUGAGGUCUUCAAACCUGUGCAAUGAAAUUAUUUAUUAUUUUAAUACUGAAAAGACAGUGGCAUUCCAGAGAGGAACCAUAAAUAAAACUGACAUCUGGUGCUGUGAUGAGGAAGUAAACUAGCAUUAAUAAGAUUUGGCUUUCUUUUCAGAAAGUCCGAUGCACCUAUAACUAAGGUUAAAGCGAUUUAUAUUUAAUUUGCAUUUAAUGUUAAUUUUAAAAUUGCUAUUCUAGCAAAAAUGCAUUAACUGAGUAUUUCUAAUCUUAAAAAAAAAAACCCAUCUAAUCUUACAUCUAUCAAAAAACAAUUGUAUAAAUCUUUUCUUUAGAAAGGAUUGUUAAUAAGUGAAAGUGACAAAGCACCUUGAUUUAGUAAUAAAAAGCUCUUUUCAACCAAAUCGUAAUAAUCUUUGGGGGUCUUCCUUGGGUUGGUUCAUACACCCUCCCUCCCAGCAAAUUUUCACUCAUUAUUGGGUUUCUACAGACUCAGUAUGAGUCAGAAUCGACUCGACAGCACUGGGACAGACUCAUUAAACAAGAGGAGAGAGAGACUGGGAGAUUCUAACAUAAAGUAAAUUUAUUAAAUUAACUCUUGAAAAU